CUGUACCAAACUCCUAUCUUCUAUCUAUGUCUUUGUCUAUCGACUUCUCAUAGUCAUACAAUACUCAUUUCAUUCAAUAAACUCUCCAGCUGAAUCAUAUCCAACGACUUUGGUGAUAGCUUCAUCCGUCUCAACAUUCUGAAACCCCCGGGUAAACGAGAUCAACGGUCAACCUCGUUGCAAAGGGCCCUUGCACAACUAAAAAUCCGCAAUCCUUCCUUCGAUUUCCCUGCCCAGCUUUUUCGACUUCGUCCAUCAUAACCCUCUCCAGUUCUCCAGCAAAUCUGUCUGUCAUUCGUUCAACAAUCCCUAUUGCUUUCUACAAUAAGGAUUUUCUCUUCUUUGUUUUGCCUGUCUAACGUUUUAAACCUUUCGAGGAUCAACGAAUACAUUAAUCCCUAUUAUUGAAGUCACGAAUCAACGAUAAGAGUACAUAAUAAUGGCGCCCAAUUUUGCGGAUUCUUUCUGGUCGGGAGAUUAUGCUGGAGGUCUUGGUGUUCUAUUCGGCAAACUGCAACAAGGUGUCGCCGAAAACCAACAGGUUCUUACCAUUGCGCGAAUGCGUGCGGAAGCCGAAGAUGUCUAUGGAAUGAAAUUAGGAGACAUUGGAGCAGCAACGGACAAAAUAACAGGCGGUUUCGGUAGAGAUGAUGGAGCAAGUGUUAGAAAGGCAUACGAUGGAGUACGGACAGAAAUGGAAGAAGCUGCAAAAAAUCACCGCAAAAUCGCACAAAGUAUUCGAGAUCUAGUCGUCGCCCCUUUUUCGCGCUGGUGUGAUGCGCACGAAAAUCGAGUACAAAAUUCACAGGAUGACCUCCAAGCCCGGAUAAAACUUCACGACAAACAAGCAGAGCUGGUCAAGAAGUUGCGUAGUCACUACUUCAAUAAGUGUCGGUUGGUGGAAGACAUUGAAGAGGAAAAUAAACUUGCUUUCCAGGAUCCAGAAACCAGUCCGAAGGCCAAGAUCCCAGAGAUUAAGGUUGGCGAUAAGGACGAAGAAGAGGAUGACCAAUCUUUGGAGAUCGGUGAUGAAAUUUACAGUUUGGAACAAGUGAAGAAGAUUUUGACACACCUCUUACAAACAAUCAAAUUGGUCGACACAAAAGUUCCAAUCUUGGGCACAUAUCAAAAUACAACAUGUGGUGCAGAUAUAGUGGAAUACUUUCAGAAGUUCAUGGGAGCAACAAGUAUCAGUCACGCUGAACGUAUUGGACAGGAUUUGGUAUCGCACGGCUUUCUACGAUUGAUCGGAAAUGUCGGAAAUGUUUUCGCAAAUAGUUCCAAGAUGUUCUACCAAUGGCGACCAAAGGGUUUCCAAUUGACAGGAAUCCCUGAAAAGAAGCCUCAAGUAGGCCGCACUUUCUCUAUUGCAUCUAAUUCCGAUUUUGUAGAUUCUCCUGUCGUUGGAUCGGUCUCUGAUUAUCUAGCGGGCUGGAAUCCUUUGAACAAUCAACAUCCAAACGAAACACCAGGCGAUCGUCUUCGUAGGGAAGCCGCAGAAGCAGAUGAGAGGUACAAGCAAGGUGUUAAAAAAUUGGAUCAUUUGCGAUGUCAAUUGGAGGAGGCUAUCUUUGAACAUUUAAGAUAUUUGGAACGUUGUGAGCUUGACAGACUCAAGGCUAUCAAGACUAUUAUUCUCGACUUUUCCGGAACGAUCAGCAAUGUCAUUCCUAGUCUGCAAUCAACAGUUGAUAAGAUGAUGCUUUACCAAGAAACCGUACAACCUCUUGGAGAUUUGCGAUAUCUUCUCGAAAACUACCGCACUGGUGGCUUUGCGCCAAAGGUUAUCGUUUACGAGAAUUAUUACAACUCUGCGGAUGAACAAACGUUCGGUGUUGAUCUCGAAGCUCGGGCUCGUGGGGACAGAAAGAGAGUACCAGUCAUCAUUACCACUAUUCUCACCUUCCUUGACAACAGAUAUCCCGAUCUUGAAGGCGAUCCAGCUAGGAGAAGUGUCUGGUUGGUUGAUGUUCCCCUUCAUCAAACUCAUCGAGUACGAGAUGUGCUCAAUACUGGCAAACCAUUUCCUAUUGAAACUUUGGAGCCAUAUGAAAUUCCUAUUAUUGCAAGCGUUCUUAAACUGUAUUUACUGGAAUUACCAGAUUCUUUAGUGUCAUCUCAUGUUUAUGAAAUUAUGAAAACGAUCUAUUCAACGCCAGCAUCCGAAUCUACCGACUCAGCUCGAAUCUCAGUUCUACAAAAUACCCUCAGUCAACUUAGAUUGGCCAACAUUGCUACCUUGGAUGCCCUCAUGACCCAUUUCACUAGAUUAAUUGAACUUACUUCCGCUGAUGAGGCUUAUAUUUCCGAACUCGCAACCAUCCUUGCUCCAUGCAUCCUUCGACCAAAGACUGAAACCUCAAUGACCAUGGAAGAAAAGUAUUCUUACCGUCUAAUUCGCGAUCUCUUUGCUCAUAAAGACGCCAUAUUUUCUGAACUUAAGCGAGCUUCAUCACUCAAUUCUGCGUCAAACAUUGAUACCAGAAGACCUAGAGCUAUUAGCACUGAUGAAAGCAACAGACGAGCCAACAUGGAAGCUAGACAAAAGGCAAUCAUUGCAGCUGGUGGAGCAAGAAGUCGCGCCACCAGUCCUGCACCAAGUCCACGUGGCCACCGUAGAGAUAGAAGUUCAGGACCACCCGCAGCUGAGACUCGAUUCCCGGUACAAACAUCACCCACAGCUACGACUGAUUCAACCAGAAACUCCCGAGGAAGCGUGAGACAAAGUCUCGAAGUUCCAUCGUCAGCCGAAGCUAGUCCAGUUGUUGAACCAAAACCUUCUCCUUUGUCACCAUUGGCCAAUGGAACAGAAGCUAGCAACCCCAGCGUUACAAGUGCUACAUAUAUGCCUGGUUCUGGAGACGGAAUGGAGGAACCUACUGUAGAAAAGAGGACUAGUCUUUCAAAUGUGUCUAGUCUUCCAAACGUGGAAAAGAGAAACAGCUUAGGACGAAGUGGUCAAGUUUCGAGAAACAGCGUAGGAAGAAAACCUUAUGGAAAUGUUGCAAGAAUGAGCAAGAAUUUCGAUAUGGUAGCAGCAGGUAAUAGAGAUAGUGUAGGAAGUAUCGGCGAAGUGCCAGAACCUGCCGCAGAACAAAAGGUUGGGGUUAGUCUCGAGGAUAAACCUAUGGAUGAUUAGAAUGGAGACUUUGGAGGGUAUGAGCAAGGGCUGGAGGGAAGGAAGAAAGGAUGGAUGGAUGAACACAAGCAUGAACUUCAAAUGAAAGAAAAUCAUGUACGAUAAUACGGUACGACAUUUGCGACUGGCUUAUUCUUUGCCGAUAAAGCGAAGCGGGAUGGUCUUUUGAUACCCUUCCCUUAAGAGGUUGUUUAUUUUAUCGAAACGUUUUGGCGAGAUAAACAGGAAAGAAUGCGUUUAUGAAUAUAUAUGUGUGUCUU